CCUGUGCAGAGGAAAAGUGCUGUUGCCCAUAGCAACCAGAUUGCUUUACAUAUUUUUUUUUUUUACGGCCUCUGAUAGGUUGCUAUGGGCAACUGUUCCGCAUCCCCUCUGCACCUAUCUGCUAGUGACGUAAAGUCACAUGACCAGCCGGGGACAGGGAGCGGCAUUAUCAGGGCUGCUCGUGACGUAUAAUGUUCGCGACGCUGAAAACAAUAAAGUUUUCCUUGUCUGGCCGGCGCGGUGUCUUUUGGGUAGGUCACAGUGUGGAGGACUCCAUGUGUUGUAGCCGGUGACAGGGGGAGUAGUGUGGAGCUCGUGUGCCUGUGGUGUCCGUCCUGUCCUCCGCUCUAGUCAUGUAUCCUGCCGCCCGCUGCUGCUGGAGACUGCGGAGCACCGCCGCCUCCUCCCUGUGCAGGUUAGAGCUCUCUGCGGUGAGGUAUCUACGGACGUCCAGCACGCUGCACAGUGACCCCUUACCCAGCCCGGCUCUGGACAGCGCCCCCAAAGUGUACCCUCCGAAAAUACAGCAACUGGUCGACCAGAUAGCCAGCCUCACCCUACUGGAAGUCUGCGACCUCAAUGAACUUCUCAAGAAAACGCUGAAGAUUCAGGACGUGGGCAUGAUGCCAAUGGGUGCAAUGAUGCCGGGUGCAGUUGGUGCUGCAGCACCUGCUCAGGCCGCAGAAGAGGAGGAAGCGCCAGCGAAGAAAGAGAAGACUCAUUUCACUGUAAAGCUAACGGAGGUGAACGCUGCAGACAAGGUCAAGCUCAUCAAGGAAGUGAAGAACUGCGUGCAGGGCGUGAACUUAGUGCAGGCCAAGAAGAUGGUGGAGUCCCUGCCGCAGGAGAUCAGGGUGAACGUGGCUAAAGAGGAGGCGGAGAAGAUGAAGGCCGCCCUGGAGGCUGCGGGGGGGAAGGUGGUGCUGGAGUGAAGCACGCGGACUCUAUAAGACAGUAAAUUCGGGUCGCUCUCUGGGGUUUUACGCCCUGAACUCCAAAGACCCCAACAUGGCCGGUCCGAGGAUGUAGACCAAACAUGGCCUUCAGCUGAUAUUAUGGGGGAGCGGCGCUGUGAAGGUUUGUGAUGGGGGGCGGUGCCGCUGUAUAUGGUCAGGGUGGGGUGCGGUCUCUUCACCCCCCUCCAUGUACAUUGACCUGUAGAGCACUUCACCCUUCAUCGAUUCCUCAAUGCCCCUUAUCUAAUCUUGUUUUAUACAUUAAACUCUUGCCUUCAGGCUGC